UGUGUGUGUAUGUGUCUUUAGUGUGUGUAUAUGUGUUUUUGAGUGUGUGUGUGUCUAUGUAUCUGUGUGCGUGUGUGUCUGUGUAUGCAUCUGAGUGUGUCUGUGUGUAUGUGCCUGAGAGUCAGGGGUGGACUGACCAUUUGGAAACUCGGGCACUGCCCAAGGGCCCGGGGUCAGUAGGGGGCCCCAUGAGAUGCCCCUGGUACCAUUUUCAUAGGCUUUUUUGAGUUUGGGCAAGGACACAGGGGCCCCAUGAUCCCCUAUUGCCCGGGGGCCCCAUGGGGUCAGUAGGGGGCCCCAUGAGAUGCCCCUGGUACCUUUUUCAUAGGCUUUUUUGAGUUUGGGCAAGGACCCAGGGGCCCCAUGA